AAUUUAGCGGCUUUUUUCUGUAGCCAUUUUUAUUUUUGCUUCAAUACUUAACUUGGUCUUUAAUUACGAUAAUGCAGGACAUAACAGCAAUCAAAAGUAAGAAAGUUUAUGUAAUAUGAAUAUAUGUAUCAUUUAUAAUAGAAUAGAUUUUUUUCGUAAUUCUUGAUGAAAGUAAUAAAAUCAAAUCUGUCAAAAAAAUACCUACUGCUUGGCACUCUACUAAAAGUGAUUUCUUACUCAGGUCGGGACAGUAUGAAAUUAAAACGAAUGAUUCUGGAUCAGAGCACAAGGAAAAAACGUAUUCAUCACUACUUGGAAAAUUUAGAAAAGGACAACUAUCAAACUGAUCCGCAUGCUGAUCUGAAAGUAAACAAGAAAGCUCCUAAAUUCGAUGAUAAUACUGAUGGUAAAUUGUUCUCAACUGUUUUAAAAACACUUAUCAUUGAAAUUGAUAAUUUAGCCCCAAAGCAAAGAAAAAAGAAAAAAUUUCAUCAAAGAUAUCGAAAAGACGUUCAGUACUUAUUAGAAGAUGAGGUAACUCUUCGAUUUGAUUAA